ACCAUGUAAUAAUACGUAAUACAAUACUUUUAAUACACGUGACUGCUGACCUAUCCAUUUCCCGAAUUAUUAGUGCUAUAAAUUCACCAUUUCUUAUCCUAACAAAUGCAUUGAUCAUCAACUUCUACACUUACAAGAAUAUUAAUUUCUUCCAAACAGUCAAAAACUUAACUCGACUGAACUACUUGUGUUGUCCACACAUGGCCACUAGUAAUGUCCGGUUCUUGAUUGUGAAGCCUGAAAAUGGCGGAAUAUGGGACCUCGUACGCUUCCUCGUACGCAGAGAUAAACAAAGCAGCGCUAAGUUUCUCGAAUAUUCUGAGGUUCUCUUUGAGGAAGAAGCUGAGUUACAGCGCGAUGGCGAUGAUGGUGAAGACGAAGUGGGUGAUCAUCGAUGGGUCAUAUUUGUGUCCAUAUUAGUGAGGAAAAUAUUAAAGGUGUUUGAGAAACCAAUGGAAUGGAGUGGCUACUUUCUCGAGUUUUUUCUCAACCUCUUUUCUCUCAAUGGCAGCUUUCUUGGUUUACUCUACAAUAUGUUGCACGGAAAGGUGGUGAUACCACAGAGAGGCUCUGAAACUUUCAUAAGUUCUAUUGGCCAUGUUGAUGGGAGAAUAAACUUAUACAAGAAUGAAAUAUUAACCAAGGAAAUCUCUCGACCUGAUUUCGGGGAUAAAAAUAUGCAACUGGGAAUGGGACAUAGAGCUCUUAUGGACCUAUGCAUGAUGUCUUCAAAGUUGGCCUAUGAGAAUGAAAACGUUGUUAAGGACGUUGUAAAUCAUCACUGGAAGAUGCAUUUCGUGGAUUUUUACAACUGCUGGAAUGAUUACGAGAAGGAGAGUUCGACCCAACUUUUUAUAUUAUGCGAUAAGCCAAAAGAUGCGAACUUGAUUUUGAUCAGCUUCAGGGGUACUGAGCCAUUUGAUGCUGAUGAUUGGAUCACUGAUUUUGACUACUCUUGGUAUGAGAUUCCGAAAUUGGGAAAAGUACACAUGGGAUUUUUGGAGGCCUUAGGUUUAGGAAACAGAGAAAAUACGUCGACGUUUCAUGAACAACUCUUCGUUAAAAACACAAAAUAUAUCAAUUCGGAACAGCCAGCAGAGAGGACUGCUUACCAUACUGUUAGAAACAAACUCAAAAGUUUACUAAAGGAGCAUGAGAAUGCAAAAUUUGUCGUUACAGGACAUAGCUUAGGAGGAGCAUUGGCUAUACUAUUUCCAACGAUGCUAGUGAUGCAAGAGGAAACGGAUGUCAUGAAAAAAUUAUCAGGUGUAUACACGUAUGGACAACCUAGGAUCGGGAAUAGGCAGUUAGGGAAGUUCAUGGAAGCACAUUUGGAACAUCCGGUGCCUAAGUACUUCAGAGUUGUUUAUAGCAAUGAUCUUGUCCCGAGGUUACCUUAUGAUGAUAAAACUUUCCUCUAUAAGCAUUUCGGUAUUUGCUUGUACUACAACAGCUUAUACAUUGAGCAGAAAGUAGACGAAGAACCAAACAGGAACUUUUUUGGGCUGCGAUUCGUGUUACCAGUAUAUCUGAAUGCUGGUUGGGAGUUUAUUAGAAGUUUCACUAUGGGUUACAUAUACGGAACUGAGUAUAAGGAGAGUUGGGAAUCAGUACUUCUUCGGAUGGUAGGGCUCGUUUUUCCAGGCAUUUCUGCUCACAGUCCAGUUGAUUAUGUCAACUCUGUAAGACUUGGAAGGGAGAGAAGUAUUCAGAUGUCAUCUUUUUGGAAAGGUUUGAUUGGCAUGCAUUGAUCAAGUGAUCUGUUAUGAGGGUUAUGCAGCAUUUGUAUCAACUGUUGUUGAUUUUUGAAGGUCUCUUUUUAGCAUUUACUUCUCAAAAAAAGAAUUUUGUUAGAGCUUUUUGUGUCUUGAAUAAAGUUAUCUGUUUACACAUCAAAUUUAGGUGUUGUAGACUGGAUUUGUCUUGUGUGCCUAUUAAUAAAUCUAAUUUCAGAGAUUGCUCGUUAGAUUUG